GCUGGGGCUCCUGCUCACACACGCCUGCCUCUCUCCCUCCCCGCUGCAGAGAGCUCAGCUCCAAAGGGCCACAGAGACGGAAGCAUGCAGGCCACGCUGCUCAGCCUCCUGGGGCUAGCCCUGUUUGGUGCUCUCCAUGGGCAGGAGGAAGUCACUGUACAACCCGACUUUCAGCAGGAGAAGUUCACAGGGAAGUGGUAUAGCAUCGGCCUGGCCUCCAACUCCAAGUGGUUCAUGGAGAAGAAGCAGGUGCUGAAGAUGUGCACCACAGUCGUCACGACCGCAGCAGAUGGGAACCUGAAUGUCACCUCCACCUACCCCAAGUUUGAUCGGUGCGAGAAGAGGAACAGCCUUUUCAGCAAGACGGAGCAGCCAGGCCGAUUCAGCUAUACCAGCCCACGCUGGGGCAGCCAGCACGACAUCCGUGUGGUGGAGACCAAUUACGACGAGUACGCCCUGCUGUACACCAAGAAGUUCAAGGGCACCGACACCUCCACCAUGGUGACUCUGUACGGCAGAACUACGGAGCUGGACCCCAAACUACAGGAGAUGUUCACCCGGUUCUCCUUGGCGCAGGGGCUCCCAGAGGACGCUAUUCUCCUGCUGCCAAAAACUGACAAAUGCAUGACGGAUGCUGCAUAGGCGGAGGUUGUGAGACACCGUUCCAGGUUUCCUUCAGAGAGAAAGUGACAUGCUGACCUGCCGGCCCAGAUCCUCCCGCAUAGAUGUAGCAGUCUCUGCUCUGUAGCCUCAUGCGCCACUGGGCUAGUGCUUCUGUGUAUAACAGCCCCUCCCAAGUAAAACCGAGAUGUAAAACA